CCUACCCUUUCCCUUCUUAAGUACCAACCUGGGAAAAAAGAUGCAGACGGCAAUUGUUUGUUGAGAAACUUUGGAGUUACUUCUUAGAGGAAAACUACAGCUUACUUUUCUCCUCCUCAGAUUCACAUGGGCGGGACGCGGAAGCUGUGGAUCGUAGAUAAUGGCUCUGAUGGCGGAAUGGCUUGAGAAGUCAUGAGACGGGAAGGUGAUGCUUCAAUGGAAAAAUGGGUCUUUCGUUUGAUUGUUUUCUUUUUUCUUUUACUAAAUGAAGGAAAGAUCUAUGAUCAUAGGGCCCAGUGAGCCGAGUUGAUACCUACAUUCUACCACACACUACUACCGUCUAUCUAUUCUUCUUUGGGUCGAUGGCAUCGCAGAGUGGGAAAGUAGGGAGAAUGGUGGCGGGUAAUGGCUUUUUAUACCCACUUCUUGGUUUCGCAUCAUGUGUCGCAUUUAUUUACAUGUCUUUGGGAGAUCUGAGACUCAAUUAUUAUGAAGAACCCAAGGUGGCCUUUGUCGAGAGGAAUGGCACUCAUUUCAUUUUAGAUGGAAGACCGUUCUAUGUGAACGGCUGGAACUCUUACUGGCUGAUGGAUCAGGCUGUAGAGGAUUUCAGCAGGCCCAGAGUCAGGGCUAUGCUUCAAGCGGGUGCAAAGAUGGGUCUCACUGUUUGUAGGACUUGGGCUUUCAAUGAUGGAGCAUACAAUGCACUGCAGAUCUCCCCUGGACGAUUUGAAGAGCGCGUCUUCAAGGCAUUGGAUCGUGUCAUCGCAGAGGCAAGACGACAUGGGAUCAAGCUGAUACUUAGCUUAGUUAAUAAUUUGCAAGCAUUUGGUGGGAAGACUCAGUAUGUCAAAUGGGCGUGGGAAGAGGGUGUUGCUUUGAGUUCUUCCAAUGAUUCAUUCUUUUUUGAUCCAUCAAUUCGCAAAUAUUUCAAGAAUUAUGUCAAGGCUGUAUUGACAAGGAAGAACAGCAUCACAGGAAUUGAAUACAGGAAUGAUCCAACAAUCUUUGCAUGGGAAUUGAUAAAUGAACCACGCUGUAUGACUGAUCCUUCUGGUGACACCCUCCAAGAUUGGAUUGAAGAGAUGUCUCGUUAUGUGAAAUUGAUUGAUAAGAACCACCUAUUGACUGUGGGGCUUGAGGGGUUCUAUGGUCCUAGGAGCCCAGAAAAACUGAGUGUGAACCCAGAAGCAUGGGCGAGUGUCCUAGGAUCUGAUUUUAUCCGCAACUCAAAGAUUUCAAUCAUUGAUUUCGCCUCUGUUCACAUUUAUCCUGAUCAGUGGUUCAAGGAGAUUGAACUUGAAGACAAACUGAAAUUUGUCUCCAAAUGGAUGACUUCUCACAUUGAAGACGGUGACAAAAUGCUCAAGAAACCUGUAAUGUUCACUGAAUUUGGGCUGUCAAAUACAAAUAGAAACUUCCAACCAUCUCAUCGUGAAAAAUUGUAUAAAACUGUUUAUGACAUCAUUUAUGAGUCAGCAAGGAAGAAUGGAGCAGGGGCAGGGGCAUUUCCUUGGCAGUUCCUAGUUGGAGGCAUGGAGGAAUACAACGAUGAUUUUGGAAUUGUUCCAUGGGAGAGGUCGUCUACUUACAGGAUGAUAUUGGAGCAAUCAUGUAGACUGGCUGGAAUUGGAGGACAUGAUCAAUCAAAGGGAAGCUUGCAAGAAAUAUGUUGAAGAUAGUUAAUUGGUAUUUUUUUUUUUCAAUUCUAAAAUGCAACCUGCCAACCUCCCCACAGAAAUGGGGCCUCUUUUGGGGUAGGGAUUUUUUCAUUUUAUUUUACCAGAGCGGUGCAGCUCACAGUUUUUGUUCAGUACAGAAAAUAUAUACUCCAAAACAAAAUGAAAAGAGACCAGUGAGAUGUUAUGCUAGAGGCAAGCUUUCUUGCUUGUUUCAUGAUGUUACUAUAAUUUAAGAAACUGAGUGUGCUAUUCAAAUAUAGUUUUAGGAGCUUACCAUAACAGGGAAGAGUGGUGGUUACAAAACAGUAGGCUUACUCCAUAAAGCCAGAAAUAAAUUGAUAAUAUGAGUCGACACAAACGUCGGUUGAAAGGGAAAAAUAUUUGGCCGGAUUGAUGAUUCAUUCCUUCCUGUUACUGAGAUGUAACUCUCACCACAUUCACUUGUAUCUUAAUUUCAUGAGAUGCUAGUAAAUGGCUCAUUAAUUUAAUUCAUGGAUUUCAUUCACCCUGGGAACAAGGUGGGCCUACAAGAAGACGUGCUCAGUUCUAUCUUGUAAUGUGUCUUUUCAUGGGUUCAACCGUUCAACCACGUUUGUAAGUUUCCAAGCAUUGAAUAAACUUGUUAGCUCGAAUUCCUGUAAUUAUUAUUUUGUAUAUUUUUAGCAAACUUUGGUCUAUAAGUUUUUAUUGUUUUAUUGUGUUCUUAAGCAGCGGCUGACUCAGGAAUAAACUUGUUAGCUCGAAUUCCUGUAAUUAUU